CUGAAUGCGCUAGACAGCAGUGGGACUCCAGUUGGCUGUGUGCGCUCAGACGCACAGACGCAAGCAUCCCACUGGCUGGAGUUGGAGGACACUCGCCGGUUUUUUCGCCUUCCACCGCUGCUCUCAUCCCUUGUCUUUGUCUCCUCGCGGUGAGAAGACAAACCCGCCCGGGAAGGACAUAAAAAAGAAGCGCUUCUUUUCUCUCUCUCUCUUUCUCUCUCUCUCUCUCUCCAUUGAGUCAAAGAAAGAGCAGAAAUCGGGACUGGACACUUUGUUUGGAGGGGAAAUUAUCUCUCGCAUGAGGCGAGCCGGAUCUGUCCUGUAUACAGAGGAGCGCGCAGUGCUGCACCUUUUCAAUGGAUUUCAAUACAGUGGAAGUACCCUGGGAAUUUAACUAUUGUUAAUUUGCAUUAACUUAAGAAAUUACCUUCCAACAAGGGUUUUUGUUUCCCACGCAGAGGAAAACGAUGAUCCUCGCUGUGUUUUAUGUUCUUCUUCCUGUUUUAGAUGUGUUGUCUUACGCGGAGGAGAACCUGCGUGCCCGGCUGGACUGCGUGCGGGCCAAUGAGCAGUGUCUGAAGGAGCAGGCGUGCAGCACCAAAUACCGCACGAUGAGGCAGUGCGUGGCCGGCGGCAAGGAGAGCAACUUCAGCAUGGUGGCCGGCCUGGAAGCCAAGGACGAGUGCCGGAGCGCGAUUGACGCGCUCAAACAGAGCCCGCUGUACAACUGCCGGUGUAAAAGGGGCAUGAAGAAGGAGAAGAACUGCCUGCGCAUUUACUGGGGGAUGUAUCAGAGUUUACAAGGUAAUGAUUUCUUAGAAGACUCUCCAUAUGAACCCGUGAACAGCCGCCUGUCUGAUAUUUUCCGUCUGGCUCCCAUCAUAGAGGGUGGGGAACCUUGGAGCACCUCUGCCACUUCGGCUCUGGGCAGGGGGGGCACCCAGGGCAGGUUUUCCCAGGGCAGAGAGCCUGCUCUGGGCAGAGGGAGCCCUUCCUCCACGGAACUUCAGGAUCCCAGUAGAAACAGGAGAGCUCAUCCCAAUUGGGCCAUUCUGGGUGAACCUGCAGUGGCCAGAGAGAACAACUGUCUCAAUGCUGCUAAGGCCUGCAACCUGAAUGACACGUGUAAGAAGUACCGCUCGGCCUACAUCAGCCCCUGUACCAGCCGCGUCUCCACAGCUGAAGUCUGCAACAAGAGGAAGUGCCACAAGGCCCUGCGGCAGUUCUUUGACAAGGUUCCUCCCAAGCACAGUUACGGCAUGCUAUUCUGCUCAUGCCCGCUCAGCGACCAAACGGCAUGCUCUGAAAGGAGACGUCAAACCAUCGUUCCUGUCUGCUCAUAUGAAGAGAAACAGAAACCCAACUGUCUGGAGCUGCAGGCAUCCUGCAAGACCAACUACAUCUGCAAGUCACGACUCGCUGACUUCUUUGUCAACUGCCAACCCGAGCCCCGCUCGCUGUCGGGCUGCCUGAAGGAGAACUAUGCAGACUGCCUCCUCGCCUACUCGGGUCUGAUUGGUACUGUCAUGACUCCCAACUACCUGCGCUCACCCAAAAUCAGUGUCUCUCCCUACUGCGACUGCAGCAACAGCGGCAACAAUAAGGAUGAGUGUGACAAAUUCACCGAGUUUUUCACGGAGAACACCUGCCUACGUAACGCCAUCCAGGCCUUCGGGAACGGGACUGAUGUCGGGGUGUGGCAGCCCAUGUCCCCUGUCCAGACCACCACCUCCAUCACCACCCCCUACCAAAGAAACCGUGAACGCAACCCCAACACCAUUGACAACCACAUUAACACAGACCCUGCAAUCUAUCACUUCUGCGGCAGCCUACAGGCUCAGAAAUUGCAGUCAAACUCGAGUGCCGAUGCCGUCCUCUGUGUGGACCCCCAGAUAGAUGGUCCAAGUACCUCCAACGCCAUCCUGAGAAACUCGGCUGCCUCCACACGGCCUGAGGGCCUGGCCUCCCUGCUGCCCCCGCUGCUCUGGCUGUGGUACUGCAGCCUGCCGGUGCUCUCCUGGCAAGGCAAUUUGUAGCUGCGUCACUUCCCCAGCAACAAACAGACUGACAAACACAUUUGUAUAAAAGAAGAAGACAAACAAGGAAUUAUAUCCUUUCUUUUCAGUUAGACCUGUUGUACUUUUCUUUUCUCUUGGAUUCUGUCUUUUAAUUCCUGCUUUGAUUUGUUUUGGGUUUUUUUAUGAAUUUUUGAAAAGCUUUGUUGUUUCUUUCUUUCUUUCUUUCUUUCUUUUUUUAGCAUUGCUGCUGUGUGCUAAAACAGUGAUCUGCUAUACAUGUUAAUUCAAGUUUUGACUGUGUGCUCAUGUUGGGUUAGUCGGAGAAAGGGGUGAUUUAAAACGGCUUCGUACCCCGCUCACUUGGGCAGGGAUGAGAAAAUACUCGAGGACUACAUUCCAAUAAACCACAGUGUGUGACUCUUGGAACACAAUGUAAGCGAACAUCAAUUUUCAGAGUUGUCUGAUCAGUUUUCACCCAUGUCUGUUUGUGUGUUGAGGCUAUAGGUGGGAUCUUUCGCUUAAAAGUCACAGUGAGUUCAGUAAUGGCUACAUAUUAUCACUUGGGCAGCCUUUUAGGUGUUACUCCAUCUCCUCUGUGGUUUGUGUCUGUUUUGAUAAUGGCGUGAUCUGGUAUUUUACAUUUUUAUGAGCUGAAUUAAAUGUCACUUGACAAAAAAAAAAAUCCUUUUCUUUUUUAGGAUGAAAUAAAUUAACUUAAAACGUCAGAGAAGUUUAGCGCCCAAACUGUUUUUACUGUAGCUCAUACUGAACACAGAUUGCCGCUGGCAGAAGCACACAGGCAAAGUCCCACAAACACAUGAUGCACAUUUUCACACAGUCAGACACAAACACAGCAACACCCUCGGUCCGAGGCUUUCAGCUCCCUUUCUUCACUUUAUAAGACGGCGUGUUGCUCAGCAAUCACAGGUCGGUACGCUGCUGUGGACGGCUGAAUCCACUCCACUCGUUAGUGAUUGUACAUACUUGUAAUUGUCCAAGCCAUGUUUAAUGUUUCUUUUGGAGAAGGUAAGAGAGAAGCUGCUAAAGUUUUACCUGAAUUUUUCUUUUUGCUUAGAUGAACGCCACUGCAUCGAGCCCACAAAAACCAGAGCUGACAUAAAAGCAGGCUUGCUGUUGUAGAGUGUAAUCAGCACUAACUCAUGCAUCCAUCAGUCCAUCGUCUUCUGUCAUUUCUGUGUUACAACUUAUUGCCUCAAUUGUAAAACUGUCAAAGCAUGUUCAGGGAGGAAAUGCUAAGUUUAAACUGACCAUUUGCUAAACCCCAUAAGCCAUAGUCAUUGUUGCUGAUUAAUUCCAGUAUGGCGAGUUUCAAAUGACAUAAAAGAGGCAGAAUUGUCUCUUUAUUUUAAGUAGCGAAGAUCUGUCACAGAUACAAUUUAUAAUCUCCAACUAACAAGCUUAUUUACAUAAUUAACAUUUACUGGUUAAAGAACAAGAAACUCAAAUGAGGGUUUUUGUUGUACACUUGCAGGCUACAUGCUAACUCUGGUUCCUAAUAUAAGCUGUGCUGUUUGCCUGAAAUAUGCUAGAUGUUUGCUAGCCUUCACCUCAGCUAAUUCAGGUCACUGAACUUGACCCCUCGGCCAUAUUCGUAGUGUUGUUACCUUUUGGAGCAUUUCUAGAUUCCUGUGUGGUAAAUUUGACUAAUAGUCUGUCCACUAACUCUGUGCUCCAGUUUUAAGAAAGGAAGUUCACAUCUUUUAGUUGUAUAUUACUUGAACAUUAUCAACAGGUAUAUGUGUCUGUGCAGUGUAGCAGUUCAGUCUGUGGGUGCACCUUCCUAAGAAAGCUUGUUAGUGUUAGCUAACAGCUUAGCACUUGACUCUUUGGUCCUAAUAUGUCACUUCUAGUUCAGUACAAGCUGCUUUAAAACAAGACGGCACACACAAUAGACAACCUAUUGUGGUUCCAGGGAAACAGUGAGCAUGCAUUUAGCAGACGUGGAAAUACAAAUUAUUUUGUUCUAAUAUGUCAUCAUUAGCAACUUGGAGAGCUAGAAACAGUUUUGAGAAUGAGGGCUAACUUUGGUAAAUGUUCCAUGGAUGAUGCUCCUGAGGGCAAAGAGUCCUAAUCUGACGGUGUUAGUGGUUAAUAACCUGAUAAUUUUCUAAUUUGAAUUAUAAAGAAUAUCAACUUAAGAGUUGAUUUAGGUAUUUGAAAUGGAAUGUUAGAGUCAAGAGAUGAUACCACCCUUCCUACUUCAAAUAUUGUUAAGUUGCUCUUCGUGACAAACACCACUUUGUCAUGUUGAACAGAUUUCAAAGCUUGACACCUUAAGCACAGGCAGGAGUUUAGCAAAUGGUUACUUUUGUCUUCUGAGCUAUGUGGAAAUCAAUAAUGGCUUUGUGCAUCUACUUUGGAUGACUACUGGAAAAAUUAAAAAAAAGGAAACACACGGCAUUGUGGCAUCAUUUUUCCAGCUUUUCCAUUGGAGGCAAAUAACAUCUUGGCUUUUAAUUUUGACAGAUUUCUCUGUGAUCGGGAUAGUUAUACACAUCUCUGUGGCAUGUUCAGCAAACCACUAGCCACUGAUACUCAUCACUCGCUGCUUAGGUUUAUGUCGCUUCUCAAGACACAACUAAUGUAUAGUAGAACUUCAAUGUUAUUUACCGAGCAUAAACAUGGUAUAUGCACUGUAUGUACUUGGCUGAAACUAUGAAUUGGACAAAUAAAUGUCUGAUAAUAUUCUAUUUCAGAGCAUUGUGAGCUAUUUUGACAUUCAGAUACAACAUAGAGUACAUUGAAUAAGCCAGAAUAUUGUUUUUUAUAACAACUUAAAUGUAUAUUUCUCCCAGUAUGUACAUGAUUAUGAAAUAUUAUUGCAUCUGAGACACAGGAUAUCAUUAUAACUCUCUUACUGUACCUUAAAAACAGCUGUAUUUCCUAAGCAUACUGUUUUGUACCAUAGCCCCAUUUAUGGCGUUGCUAAAAUGCAGUGUUGACAGGUUUGGGUUUUUUUGUUUGUUUUUUGGAUAAAAAUUACACUUAUUUUUCUAUCUUUUACUAAUUUUUGCUCUUUUGAUGAGUUGAAGUUAAUGAGAUGGACCUGAUAAAGAUUUAAAUGGUUCUUUUUUAUGCUGAAGUUAAGGAAGACAGAAAACUCAUUGCAUGGUGUUAGAAAUCAAUAUUUAAGGACAAAUAUAUUCCAGACCAUGCUUUGGAAGGAUUUUGUUAUGGUGUGUUUGAAGAUGGUUGGGGACGUAGGAUGAUUCCCACAAACUGAAUGUCUGCAGUUUGGAUGGAACGUUAAAGAGAAAUCUUAUUAGUUGUUUUAGAAAAAGCCCAACCUAGGACUGAUUGCAUUUCUAAGAACUGUGUCUUAGAGUAUGUGUGAUCAUUUUAUAUUUGAAUCCCAGAGCUGAAUCUUUGUGGUCUUCGGAAUACGAGAGUGACUCAGUGCUUUCUGAUCACAGAAGGCCUCAAAACUGGGGACACUUCCUCGCAAUGUAAGGAUCCCCACUUUUGGACCAAACAAACA